AUGUCAUCCAGUGAACCAUAUAUCGGCCAACGGCGCUCUUAUGGCAGAGCACUUUGCACAGUGCGGUACAUCGGCACGCUUGCCAACACCAAGGGCGAGUGGCUCGGUGUGGAAUGGGACGAUGUCAGCCGUGGAAAACAUGAUGGUCAGCACGAGGGCAGACGGAUCUUCCAUUGCCUUUCGUCGUCACCCACGGCCGCCUCAUUCGUGAGACCUUCUCGCCCACGCGAUGCCGAAAGGACACUUCUAGAAGCCAUCAAGUUCAAGUAUGCUGCAGCUAUAACUGCGUCGGAUGAUCCGGCACGGCAAUCUUCACCUGCCGCUAAUUCCCAGGCUACGGCUACCUCUACCAGCGACAAUGUGAUUGAAAUCGACGGCAAGGUGGUGGAAGAAGUCGGGUUCGACAAGGUCCAGAAACAACUGUCUAUGCUCUCCGACCUCAAGAUUGUCCUUGUGGAUGAACUGGUCGUCUGUGGAAUUGCCCCACGAGGCGCCUCACGAGAAGAGAUCAAAGUGGCUCAACGGGAGCUGGCGACCACCUGUCCCAACAUUGUCGAGUUAGAUGUCGGAUGGAACGUCAUUGAAAUGUGGCAGGACAUUGUUGACAUUUGUGCGCCGCUUCCGAAGCUGAAGAUCUUAAAAGCCAGUGGGCUUCGACUGAGAGAGUUUGGAGUCGAAUAUCUUCCUACACACCCGCACAAUCCCUUUAACCAAAUCGAGGAACUUCAAAUGAACGAGUGUCUCCUUCGACCGGCACAGAUGGUUUCAAUUCUAUCUUCGGUUGGAUCUGGACCAAUCGAAGGGUUCCGAUCGCUCAAGUUACUCGCGCUGGCACUGAAUGAGCUGGAUUCAUUUGCCGUGCCAGAACAGGAUAGCGAGAGUGGUACCGGUCAUGCACUCACUGACUUGACUUGGCCAUCGGUCACAACCGUGAAUCUCGACAACAAUCGAUUCAUCGAUCUGUCAUCGCUACCGACGCUGGUAUCUCUGUUUCCGAAUAUCAGCACUCUUUCGUUGCAGGGGAACGCGAUAUCCAAGCUCGGUCUUGAGUCGUCUGCUGCUCACCGCCGUUUUGAGACCAUCCAAACGCUCAAUCUGGCAGGGAACCAGAUCUCGAGCUACUCCUUUGUCGAUGCCUUGGCGACAACGUUCCCAAAUUUGAGUUCCUUACGUAUCUCCCGAAAUCCUCUUUACGACGGCGGUGGGCAGAAGAAUUCCGAUCAUAUUGAUUCGCGAACAUUAACAUCAUCGCACCCAGCGGUGCCAGCCGUGGCGCCGGCACCAUCAUUACUGCCCGAUUCCACUUCCUACUAUUUAACUCUGGCGCGCAUUCCGCAAUUAAAGUCUCUCAACUACUCUACCAUUACGGCCCGGGACCGAGAAGAAGGGGAGAUAUACUAUCUGUCUGUGGCCGAGAAAGAAAUCAAACAGAUUCUGGAAGAACAAGGCUCCUGUACCAGCAAAGAUCCGGUCGACCUAGCUCGUCGCCGACAUCCUCGCUAUUCUGCCCUGUGUGCAAAACAUGACCGAGACGAUAUUCUCGAGCGUUUUUUAGAGCGGUUGAAAGAAAAGAAGCCACCAUCACUAUCACCAUCAGCAGCAGCGCGAGCAUCGCCACUCGCAUCGCCGGAAACGGCAGCUAGUUUGGACCUCAAGUCUUAUGCUCCUGGAACGCUGGGUUCGCGCCUCGUCGAUACUGUCUUUUACAUACCAGUACAGGACAGUAGUGCAUCUUCUGAACAACUUCAUCAUCCUCAUACUACGAAUGUCAGUAGUACUGGUCAAACAUUCCGUCGCCCUUUACCUACCACGAUAUCAGUAUAUCGGCUGAAAUCGCUGGUCGCGAACCAUUUCGGUCUGCCUGCCCUUCGGUUCAAACUCGUCUACGAAUCUCCCGAAUAUGAUCCCGUUGAACCGAUUUCAAAGACAAGGGGGACAGACAACGACAACUUCAACAAAGAGGAGGAGGAUUGGGAUGAAUGGGGAAAUUGGGAUGUUGAUGAUAUUGAUGUCGAGAACAACAAUCAUAACAGUGAGAGUCAGGAGGACUCCAUCAAUGACGCCCGAGGCAGUGGUGGUUCUGCACCACCAAUGUAUAUCACGCGUGAUGGCCAGCGGUUCAAAAAGCGCCAGACGGAAAUUUUGGAUGGGAUGCGUCCUUGGGGAGAUUUUCUUGAUCUCGAUGCGCCGGAUGGGACGAGAAGACAUGAUGUGGUGGUUAGAGUUGAGCCGUUUCCGGGUUCGGUCUCGAAGUCCGAGUCUGUCUCUUCGUGA